UUGCCUGUGUAAGAAAGUGACGAAUUACUUUUCAUCAAAUGGAAAAUAAUUUACUUUGAAAACACGUAUAAAUUUUUCUCAGCAACUCAAAUUGGUAGUCACUACUAUUAUUUAAUAUCGCAGACCAAAUCAGCGUCAGUACCCAUAAAAAAAGCGAACAAUUAGCUUACUACACAAGCGAAAUGGCGGAAGGCGGCAGUAAACGUAUCAACGUGGUUGUAAAAACGCCAAAGGACAAGAAAACUGUUGAGGUUGAUGAAGAUUCUGGAAUAAAAGAUUUUAAAAUUCUGGUUGCACAAAAGUUUGAGGCAGAGCCAGAGCAAUUGGUGCUGAUUUUCGCUGGUAAAAUCAUGAAGGACACUGAUACACUCAAGAUGCACAACAUCAAGGACCAGCUGACGGUGCAUUUGGUGAUAAAGUCGCCGACGCGCAACAACGAGACACCGGCCCGUGCGCCCGCCGAUGUGCGUCAGACGCCCUUCGGCCUGAACCAGUUCGGUGGCUUGGCAGGCAUGGAGGCCCUGGGUGCCGGAUCCAACACCUUUAUGGAUCUGCAGGCACGCAUGCAGAACGAGCUGCUUAACAACGGGGACAUGCUGCGCUCCCUGAUGGACAAUCCCCUGGUCCAGCAGAUGAUGAACAACCCGGAUACCAUGCGCCAACUGAUCACCUCGAAUCCGCAGAUGCAGGACCUGAUGCAGCGCAAUCCCGAGAUCACGCACAUGCUCAACAAUCCCGAUCUGCUCCGCCAGACCAUGGAGCUGGCCCGCAACCCAUCGAUGCUGCAGGAGCUGAUGCGCUCCCACGAUCGGGCCAUGUCCAAUCUGGAGUCGGUGCCAGGCGGUUACAGUGCCUUGCAGCGUAUCUAUCGUGAUAUACAGGAGCCCAUGAUGAAUGCCGCCACAGAGUCCUUCGGGCGCAAUCCUUUUGCUGGUCUCGUCGAGGGCGGCGGCGGCGGUAGCGGCGGAGUGACUGCCGUAAAUCCACAGCAGGGCACUGAGAACCGCAAUCCACUGCCCAAUCCAUGGGGCGGCGGCGGCGGGACAGCCACUGGCAAUGGUACCAACUCCUCUACAAAUGGCCCCACCGGCCAGGCGAAUCGCACUGGUGAUCAGCCCCCUAAUAACGUACUCAAUACGCCGGCCAUGCGCAGCCUGCUCCAACAGAUGGCUGACAAUCCGACUAUGAUGCAGAACCUCCUGAAUGCCCCGUACACACGCUCCAUGAUGGACUCCAUGGCGCAGGACCCGGACAUGGCGUCGCGCCUCCUAAGCAGCAGUCCCUUGCUCUCAAACAAUCCCGCCCUGCAGGAGCAGGUGCGCCAGAUGAUGCCCCAGUUUAUGACACAGAUGCAGAAUCCCGAGGUGAUGAAUAUGCUGACCAAUCCGGACGCCAUGAAUGCCAUUCUACAGAUCCAGCAGGGCAUGGAGCAGCUGCGCAGUGCCGCUCCCGGCCUGGCCGGCAGCAUGGGCAUUCCGCCGCCACCACCCGGCAUCAACACGGACCCGGCCAGCGGUGAUGGUGGUCUCAACAGCCGCACUGCGCCCACCAACACGAACAAUAUCUCCUUGCCGAACAGCAGCGUACCAAAUGCUGGCAACAACAGCGUUAAUGCAUCAGCUCCCGCCCUGGCCCCAGGUGGCGGACCCAAUGCACAGCUCUUCAACGAUUUCAUGUCGCGCAUGCUCAACGGCAUGUCCACCAAUGCAGACGUCACGCAGCCACCAGAGGUGCGCUAUCAAUCGCAGCUGGAGCAGCUGGCGGCCAUGGGAUUUGGCAACCGUGAUGCCAAUUUGCAGGCUCUGAUUGCCACAUUCGGGGACAUUAAUGCGGCGGUGGAGCGUCUACUGGCCGUGAAUCAGCUGUCCCUGAGUUAACAUCGCUAAACCACCUCCCAACAACAAACAACAACAAAACAACAACCUUCAACAUUGUAUACAACCUGUCUAUAUAUCUACGCACUACAACUAUACCUAGACACUUAUGGCCGCCCCGGAGACGGAAACUAUGUGAGAGGGAGAGAGAUAGAUACAUAUAUGAAAAGAGCGAGAAGUACAGAAAAAGAAAGAGAGCCCUAAAAGGGGAAAAGGAACACAGGGACAUACACACACAAUAAUCCUACUAUAUAAGCUCAGGCAGGAUUAGCUAAAUAUGGGCGCAUUUUCAUACACUCACUCACUGACUGGGAAAAAAAAAUACCUUCAAUCCUACACACAUCC